UCCCCACAGCGCCCUCUGGCGGCCCCACUUUGAAAAACACUGACCUAUAACACGUCACUCUGUUUUACAAUUUGUUUCGCUAUUAUCAAGAUCAAAUCUGACGGGAUUCCUUUAAGAUCUUAAUUGUUUGAUAGUUGUGUUAAAGUAUUUUAAUAAUGCCAAUAUUGUUAUUUUUAUGUACUAUGUAAAAUCCAGUGAAUCAACUGUAAGUUUUUCAUAUUUGCAUGUAAGCAGAACCUUUAAACCAUCCAUGAUGACUCUUUUCAGGUAGUUUCAAAGUUCUUCACCCAAUAAAUAAUUACGUAAAUUGGCUGAUCACAUGAUGUUUAUCACAUCCUGCUUUCGGAGCUAAACAGAUGCAUCGUAAUAAACUAGAAAAUCUUAAUUAAUUCAAUCGAAAAAUUGAAAACCACACCCUUUAUAGAUCUAUUACACAUGAAGUGAUCCAACUGAUGCAUUUAUUUCUGUUAAUUUUGAUGAUUUACACCAAAAUUUAGGUUCUAGACUUGAAAGCAAGAUCAAUAAAAGAAUAACUUUUUGGUACAGAAAUGCGGGCCUAUAAAGUUUUUAAUUGCACUCGGUUCUUGGUGAGUCAUUCUGCUGACCUUUUCUUCUAAAAGGCUGCAGUCAUCCUGUUUUGCUUGUGGAUUUUUGUCUUUCACACAACUUCCUAUUGAUAUACAUUCAACAAAAGAUAAUAUUUUUUAAAAAAAAACUUGUAUUCAAUUAUUGUUAAACAACCAACACACUGGUGUUUCAUCCCAACUUUUACCGUCGCCAUUUUGCGGACCAGCGUAAGUGUCGCCAAGAGUGCCGUAAUUUGUUGACAACUGACGUAAACUGCUUUGUUAGAGAGAGAAAAAAAAUCUAUUUCACAUUCAUUCAAAGGCCAAUAAUAAACACAAAACCAAAUGACAUUAAACCUUUGAUUUAAGCAUGUUUUAGUCAGUUUUAUAAACACACUAUAGUUCUAACUAAUUACCGUUUUAAUUUAUUUAAGUUAACGGAAAUAUCUUAAUUUCAGUUUUUUACUUUCUUCCAAAUGUUUGUAACAUUACAAGCUUGUUGAGAAACCGACAGAAGUCUCACAUUCAGGACAAACUGUUGUUAUUGUAAAGAGGUUUCCUUCCGCUUACCUCCUCUCCGCUCUGUUUGUUUAGCGCUUCAAGUGGCACGCGUCUGACGCGCGCGAGCACCGGUACCCGGCGCAGGAGCCCAAGGUGUAUCCACGCGACCAGUGGGCGUGGCCAGCUCACAUCCAAGCGCAUUGAAAAGCAGUGGAGUCUGUCUUCCAGGACACAUUUCAGCGCUGAGAGGCGGACUGCCCCUACCGGAACAAGUGCGGUCGAAACACGUGAACGGCACGAGCGGGACGCACCGCCUCGCGACUUAAAAGUUACUUUCCGGAGAUGGACAUUACAGCCAAAAUGGAAAUUAACGUCAGCCAGCAGCAGCUGGUUCCCGCCGCUUGUUACUUUUCGGCGCAGAGCAUCCAGCUGAGCCCCAGCAGCAGCAGCUGCAGCAGUAGCAGUCAGUGCAGCGGGAAGUCCAAGCAGCCGAAGCGGCAGCGCUCCUCCUCGCCGGAGCUGCUGCGCUGCAAGCGGCGGCUGAACUUCGCGGGCUUCGGCUACACGCUCCCGCAGCAGCAGCCGCACGCGGUGGCCCGCAGGAACGAGCGCGAGCGCAAUCGGGUGAAGCUAGUGAACAACGGCUUCGCCACGCUGCGUGAGCACGUCCCCAACGGCGCCGCCAACAAGAAGAUGAGCAAAGUGGAGACGCUCCGCUCCGCGGUGGAGUACAUCCGCGCCCUGCAGCAGCUGCUGGACGAGCAUGACGCGGUGAGCGCCGCCUUCCAGGCCGGCGUGCUGUCGCCCGGCAUGUCGCAGGGUUACUCCGCGGACAUGAACUCCAUGGCUGGGUCACCCGUGUCCUCCUACUCGUCAGAUGAAGGCUCCUACGACCCGCUGAGUCCGGAGGAGCAGGAGCUGCUGGACUUCACCAACUGGUUCUGAGCAUCUCCAAGAAUUCUGGAUCAACUCGUCUCAGUUUUGUUGUCCGGCGCUUGGGAUGGUCCCGGAGAACAAGGCGCGCUGUUUUAAUCCUAAAGACUGAUUAAAGACUCAGGAUUAAAAGGAGACAAAGUGGGAAAACCCCAAAAUAAAACAAAAAAGACCCUAACGUGAAUUCAUGCUGUCCAGAAAACAAAACAUUAUUUAAAACGCCGCUCCUCAUCUAUGCUAAACCAAUCACACCGACCCGUUUUGGUAAACCUCUCCGAAGCUGAAUUCAGUUCAAAUGCUUCCAGGUUGCGGAUUUAUUCUAUUAAAUUCUAUAUCAGACGCUUUUUUUGGGAAUAUAUUAAGAUAUUUUUGUAUGUAAGAGAUUUAUACAUGUUUUGUACACAUCCUUUUUGUAUAUAUUUUGUCUAUAUAUUGCGAAGUUAUUUCUAAUACCUCCUGCCAACGUAGACGGGUAGUCUAUUAUUCUCUGGCUCUUGUGUUCACGAGGUUUCCAGCAGGAGUUUGACACUCCGAUGUUUUUAUUAUAUAGCACCGAUGUGUCUUAUUUAAUAGCAGAACCAAGUUAUUGCAUUAUAUCAUGUCACGAUGAUCAAACUUAUGCAGCUAUUGUCCAAAAAAGAGUGCAAUAGCCAUGCAUUGUGUCUUUAUACUGCCAGCUCUUUAUCUUCUAUUCACAAGCAGAUGUUGAAUAAUUCUUCUAACCAUAUUUUCUACAAUUUAGUCCAAAAAUAAAGAGAUUUACUGAAUUUC